AUGAUUAUCUUCCUUCUUAAAAACCCUGACUAUGGUGAACAAUAUGAAAAUAUGAAGGUUUAUGAUUUUAGUUUUAAAAAUUUGUCUACCUCUCGGGCAAAGCAUCCUAAGCUGCAAUAUGGCCAUUCGAAGAGAUCAGGGCAAAUACGUUGGAAACUGACACCGGAGGUCCGUCGAUAUAUUAAAGGCUUAAGUCAGGGAAAUCAAAGGAUGGAUUAUUUACUUAUCUUCUGCGAUAUCCAUAUUUACUCUUUCUUCCCUUCGUUCACCCCUCCACCUACUUUCCAUUCACCUCCUCGCAAUCUACCGCCCAGUUACUGUGGGUGGCGUGGGUGGUGGGUGGCUGGUGACAACGCCCGCGAGCAGAGGAUCAUACUGGUGAUCAGUUCCCUGUUACUCCUGCUGUUACUGCUCCUGCUCAUACUACUCACCUUCACUCUAGGUGUUUUCAUUGCUCUCCCCACCAAGACGUGCACCAGCGCCGAGUGUGUCAAGACAGCUAGUUACAUCUUAAGGUCGCUUAAUGAGGAGGUGUCUCCUUGCGAGAACUUCGCGGAGUUCACCUGCGGAGGCUGGCGCCGGGAGAACCCUAUACCCGAGGGCAAGUACCGCUGGGGAGUCUUCGACGUGCUCGACCAGCAGACACUUCUCGACGUCAGGGGGAUGUUGGAGGAGGAGGUCAGGGCGAAGGAACCCUACCCAAUCAGGGCUUCUAAAAUCAUCUAUCAGGCUUGUGUUAAUGACACAAACUGGGAGAAGGUAGGCCUACGACCUCUACUGAACAUAUUGUCGAAGGAGGGGGGUCUACCCAUGCUGGAGCCUCAGUGGAGUAGCCAGGCCUUCCAGCUGACGAAGAGACUCGCUAGCCUCAGGAGGACACUGGCCAGCCAGGCUUUAAUAAGCCUGACGGUGCAGCCUGAUAGCUUCAACACCUCUGUCUCUCUCAUUUACCUGAGUGAGGGUAUCCUCCCUCUUCGUCGUGGGUACCUCCUCCCUUCCUCCUCUUCCAUCCUGGAGGAGCACAAGGCUAGUCAGAUCUCCUAUAUGAGGAGGACGGGCACAGAGCUCCUGAAGGAGGCAGGAAGGUUGAGGAACCAAACCCACAGACUCACCCUUUACAAGGACAUCGACGACCUGUGGGAGUUCUACGUUAAGGUGGCUGAGAUCACAUCAUCUAACGAGGCUGAGCAGAACCCUUGGCAGACUUAUAACCCCAUGACGGUGAAGAACCUCCAGACUCUCACUGACACCAUCAACACCUCCUUCAAGGUGGACUGGCUGUUGUACCUGAGGCAGGUGUUCCAGGACACUAACAUUACCCUCAACGAGGAGGAAGUAGUAGUGGUGGAGAACCCUCAGUACUUCGUCAGGCUGGUCCUCCUCCUGCAAGACACUCCGUUAAGAACCAUUGCCAACUACCUGUUGUUCCCUGUAGUGUUGGACAUGGGCGAGGAGACGACCGUCCGUUACCUCGCCUCUCUCCGUGUGCCCCGCACCAGGUCGCUGGGCAGGACCAAUUCCCGGGCUUGGCAAGACUGCAGCGAGAAGACGAGGAUGUUGGUACCCCUGGGAGUGGCCAGCCUUUAUAUCAGAAGUCUUCACGAGUCCUCCCAUGCGCGGAAGGAGGAAGUGGAGGAGGCAGUGAGGCAGGCGAGGCAGGUGGUGGAGGGGGUGUCUUCCGCCUUUAGAGAGAUGCUGAGCUCAGCCACCUGGAUGGACCAAGUGACGCAGGAGGCGGCACUCAGCAAGCUCGACCAUAUGCAGCACCUGGUCGCCUACCCUCACCUUCUCCUUGACGACCACCUGCUACAGGAGUACCAUCUGGGGUUACCUAAUGUGUCUGCAAGUGAUCACUUCAGCAACAUAGCGUCCAUGAUGGCUUGGCACAGCCGUCGCUCCCUCGUGCACCUGCGAGCACCAACAUCCACACACAAGUGGCCCAGGGGACCACUGGAGACUAAUGCCUUCUACAGUUCUCUACACAACACAAUAGUGAUCCCCGUGGCUGUGUUGCAGGCUCCUGUCUUCCACCGUGGGGCCUUCACAAGCCUCAACUAUGGCAGCCUGGGCUCCAUCAUUGGCCACGAGAUAACUCAUGGCUUUGAUAACAAUGGUCGAUACCGGGACUGGAGUGGUUCACUGAGGCACUGGUGGACCAACAGGACCCUGGAGCGGUACACUAACAGGACCAGCUGCUUCGUGGACCAGUACUCUGCCUACGAUGUGGCCCACCUCCUGGCCCACCAUGACCGACCCACCACACCAAUGAAGAUCAACGGUGUCCAGACCAAGGGAGAGAAUAUAGCAGAUAAUGACGGUAAGUUCUAAGUGACGACCACUUAAGAACAUAAGAAUGGAGGAACACUGCAGAAGGCCUACUGGCCCAUACAAGGCAGGUCCUUAUCAAAACCACCACUACCUAAAGCUACCCAAGAAUUUACUCCCUUACCCAUGACACCAAUCAAACCCAGCCCCUCUAUCUCAUAUAUUUGUCCAAUCUCUUUUUAAAGCCACCCAAGGUCCUAGCCUCUAUCACCCUACUCGGAAGAUUGUUCCACGCAUCCACAACACUGUUCGAAAACCAAUAUUUACCUAUGUGCUUCCUAAAUUUAUCCAACUUAAAUCCGUUAUUUCUGGUUCUUACCUGGUUCGGCAUCCCCAGUACUUUAUUAAUAUUACUUUCGUUUAUGCCCAUCAUCCACCUAUACACUUCAAUAUCUCCCGUCAUUCUACGUCUCUCCAGAGAGUGAAGAUCCAAGGCUCUAAGUCUGUCCUCAUACCAGA